AUGAUCCUCGGGUUCGGGCUUUUAUUAUUGUAUAAUGUUUCCGGAAGGUUUAAAAAUGUACGGAAUUUCCAGGUUCAAUGUGGGAAUUAUACAGUAACCCUGGAUGAAAUUUGGCAAUGCACCCAUAUUUCGGAAACAAUGAUCCUCGGGUUCGGGCUUUUACCAUUGUAUGAUGUUUCCGGAAAAGGUCUAAGAACGCACGGAACUUUCAAGUUGAACUUUGGAAUUAUACAUAUUUCCGGAAAGGAUUUGACACUCUACAAUACUUCCGGAGAGAAUUUAGGAUUAUUUGGUGUUGUUGGAAAAGAAUGGGACUGUGGAAAGAUGUUUGAACAGAUGGAUCGAAGAGAGGUUCGGAAGAUGGAUGAAAAGGAUUAUAUCCGGAAAAUGAACAGGAAGAAACUUGAGGAGGAUUCCGGAAAUUGGUUAAAAAGAUUGGGAGAAUGGUUCCGGGAUUAG